UCCAUCUUUCUUUCAAUUUGCGCCGUUGUUCGGUUUUAUUCUGUCGUUUCCAUUCGUCGGCCAUUUUGUGUUCCCUUCCAGCGUCGGCAUCAUAAGCGUCUGGUGAGAAAUCGCAUUUAAAGCGUAUUUUCUGUAGUUUUCUCCAGGUUUUCAUAAAAAAAACAACCGGGAAAAAAUGAGCCAAGAUAGAGAACGCUCUCGUGAACGUAUCGGGCGUCGCGACCGACCGAACAGGAUGUCGGAAGCAAGCAGAGACCGGAGCACCGACAGGGGCGGCAGAGACCAUGGAGGAUCCAAGACCUCCUCGAACAGAGUGUAUGUAUCAAAUAUACCCUACGAAUUUCGUUGGCAAGAUAUGAAAGAUCUAUUCCGUGAGCAAGUUGGGGACGUUGCUUUCGUUGAAAUGUAUGUCGACGAGAAUGAUAAACCCAAGGGUUGUGGUAUCGUCGAGUUCACUGAUAACUCUUCGGUUAGAAAAUGUCUUGAUGUCAUGCAAAGGUAUGAGGUGAAAAAGCGUAAGUUGGUCAUCAAGGAGGAUAGCGGUAACAUGAGAGAUAAGCAUGGAAAUGUCAUUGGACGAGGAGGUGGUGGUGAUAGGAAGUCUCGUAGAGAUGAUGGACCUAGGUACAGGGAUGACAGAGAUCGUCGGAAUGGCAGUUCUAUUAACUUGUCGGGUUUAGGAGGCGAUGACGGCAAGUGGGGUCAAACCUACGGUUUGAGUCCACAAUUUCUUGAGUCUCUUGGUAUUGAUCCGCCUCUAUCUAACAAGGUUUUUGUCGCUAAUCUUGACUACACAGUUGACAAGCAGAAGUUGAAAGACGUUUUCAGGCUAGCUGGAAGAGUCAUAGAUGUGGAACUUUCAGUGGAUAAAGAUGGAAGAAGUAGAGGAUUUGCUGUUGUCGAAUUUGACCAUCCUGUAGAAGCAGUUCAGGCCAUUUCUAUGUUCCACAAUCAGUUCCUGUUUGAUAGACAGAUGACAGUAAGGCUGGACAGAGUCAGUGAUAAUUCCAGAUUGCCAGAAGGAUUAAAAUCUGUUGGAAUGGGAUUGGGACAAAAUGGAGAACCGUUGAAGAAUGUGGCACACAAUCUACCCAAUCAAGGUUCUCAAACUACAGGUUCAGGAAUCUUGGGGGCAGUGCCCGGAGCGAAUGCUUUGCAAGUUGCGAGUGCAUUGUCGGGGCUUGGAAAUGUUUCGGCUCUCGGCAAUUUGAACCCAGCAGUUCUAGGAGCAGCUGGUUUGGGUGCUGGACUUACCAACAACCUUCUUCAGAAUGGUUUGGGCAAUGCUGGAGAUUUACAAGCUUUGAUGGGUCAGAACACUAACCUUUUGGCUCAAAGUCAGCAAUUGUCUGCUAUUCAGGGAGCAGGAAACUCGAACAUUGGGAAUCCUUCCAGUGGAUUACAAUCAAACUUGUCUAAUAUGGGACAAAAUUCGUCCAAUCAAAGUGGUCAAUCAAGUUUUGGUGGAAGAGUUUCUGAUUCGUACAACCCUAACCAGCCGAUAACAUAUCCGACAAACUACGGAGGCUCCUCAAGGGGAACCAGCUCUUAUGGCAUCAUUAAACCGCCUGCACCAGCAUCAGACAACAAACAGUAUUCUAGAAAAAUCUUGCUUGCUAAUCUCCCGCCUUCAGCACCUUUCAAACUCCUACAGGAGAAACUAAACGAAUUCGGUGAGGUAUCAUACUGGGAGGAGAAGGGGGUAGGAAGCUACCUUGUUGUCUAUGCCAGUGAGUGGCAAGCAGAAAGAGCUAUUAAAAAUCUGGACAAAGCCAGAAUAGAUGGCAGAUAUAUUGAAGCUAGAUAUUAUUUUUAACUAGUUUGUCUACAUAUUUAUGUUUAAGAUUGUAUUCCACUUCCUGUUUUUAACACGUCAAUUCGUGACGAUCAUUGUAUUCGGAAACAUUGAAUGUAUUUAAAAUUAUCCUCACAUUUUUUAAUGUGUUUAUUUUUAUGUUUUGUUUUUUAAUUUAAGAAUUAGACGUCCUUAUUUGCAACAGGUAGGUUAGAGAUAGUUCUUUGUACUGGAGGUCACAUUUCCGUAAUAUCUAAUAAAUAAAACACUCGAUAUGUAAA